CCAUGGGGGGCAAGCAGAGCACGGCGGCCCGCUCCCGGGGGCCCUUCCCGGGGGUCUCCACCGACGACAGCGCCGUGCCGCCGCCGGGAGGGGCGCCCCACUUCGGGCACUACCGGGCGGGCGGCGGCGGCGGGGCCAUGGGGCUGCGCAGCCGCUCCGUCAGCUCGGUGGCGGGCAUGGGCAUGGACCCCGGCACGGCCGGAGGGGUGCCCUUUGGCCUCUACACGCCCGCCUCCCGCGGCGGCACCGGCGGGGACUCGGAGCUCCGGGCGCCGGGCGGCGGCGGCGGCGGCGGCGGCGGCGGAGGGUCCGCGUCCGAAUCCACCUAUGCCCAGGGCAACGGUUACCAGGAGACCGGCGGCGGCGGCGGUCACCAUAGAGACGGGAUGCUGUACCUGGGCUCCCGAGCCUCGCUGGCGGAUGCUCUACCUCUGCACAUCGCACCCCGGUGGUUCAGCUCGCACAGCGGUUUCAAGUGCCCCAUUUGCUCCAAGUCUGUGGCUUCCGAUGAGAUGGAAAUGCACUUUAUAAUGUGUCUGAGCAAACCUCGCCUCUCCUACAAUGACGAUGUGCUGACUAAAGACGCAGGCGAGUGUGUGAUCUGCCUGGAGGAGCUGCUUCAGGGAGACACGAUAGCCAGGCUGCCCUGCCUGUGCAUUUACCACAAAAGCUGCAUAGACUCGUGGUUUGAAGUGAACAGAUCUUGUCCAGAACACCCUGCGGACUGACCCUGCUGGGCUCGCUUGCUGACUCCUCUCAAAGGUUUGUUUUAUUUAUUCCAAGUAAACUUCCAGAACAGCUGAUGAUGGCAGACAAAUCAGGGACAUUUGCUCUUUUUACCUUCACCUGAAAUACUGAGGACAUGGGGAGAAGAAACAGUGAGGGUGAGAGUGAGGCAGAGGGCGUGGAGCCUGGCGCUGGAGUGCCGAGUCCAAAUUCCCGGCAUGAUAUUUGCCUUCUCGGGCCGCGGACUGGAACCACAGGCGCCCAGCCCGUCCUCAGCCGGACACACAGGCUGGCUUCAGCCCGGCGGGAGCACAACUCAUGUAUUGUGGUCCCCACAGGGACAGCCAGCCCCGCUCCCGCGAGGAGGCUUCGGACACUGGGGCAGAGCUGAGCUGGGGACACCCGUGGGAACAGGGCGCCCCUGCGCACUGACUUCAGAGAAUGGUUCUGCCUUUCUCCCCGAGGACACCAAAUUCGAUGAGUCAUGAGUUUGAGAGAAGAAAGAAUCAACCGCCCUCCUUCCCCUCAAUCCUCAUCCUAGGAGGGAAAGGGCAUUUUCUUUCUCACCUUUGAAAGGCAUUGUGGGUCUGUCUCUAUAACGUGUUUACAAAAAAAAAAAAAAAAAAAAAUCAUAAAAAAAAAGUCUAGUGUCGACUGGUGUUUUCGCCCGUGAUGUUUACAGAUUGCUGUCUGCUGCCCGGCUAGAACCCACCCAAUGGCAAAGGGACAGAGCCAGGCUCAGUGCUGAUGGGGCGAGAGACGCUCGCUCGUUCCUCCUGGCCCAGCGCCCCGUCCGUUUGGCCCUCGCCAUCAACAACCGCUCGGCCUUGGUUUUCUUUGCCCGUUUUCCUGGCUUGAUUUUUGCACUUUUCUCCCCUCGGGACCCUGAGAUCUUGACUUCAUUGCCAAAAAAACAACCCACGGAAGACCUCCCCCUUCAUCCCUGACUCUCCUCCCUCCUCCCCUCCCAGUUCUGGUCAGUUCAGAGGACUUCACAAUCACAAGUGUCCUGCAAAAAUGCCUGAACAUUUUCCUUAGGCCCUUGUGGAUUUUUCCCCCUGAAAACUUAAACCAACAGAAGACUUAUUAAAGGACAUGUACAGCUACCCGUUUUCAGGCACUCGGUUUGAGAACAUUUUAGCCAUCGAUGUUCACACGUGGCAUCAGCUCACGCAAGAUAGGUUUCUGUAUUUAUAUAUUCAGAUACAAAGAAAACACCACCCUUAUAAAAUGUUUUAAAAAAAAUGUUCGAAGUUGGGGGCAAAGCUUUCUUCAUUAGUCAAGAUGUUUUGAUAUAUGGUAUUAAAAUCAUGUCUAAUAAAAGAUGCAUUGUGUGACUUUAUUUUAAUGGUGCUGUUACACAAUCCAGAAAUGGGCGUUGUACACCUGUCUCCCACUUCCUCCCCCCUCACCUCAUUCGCCUUCCUUCAGGGUAAUACUUGGUACUGUACUUGUGAUGGGGUUUUCAGAGCACCCGUGCCUGGGUAGAGGGAACGUGGCAUUCAGACCCCAGUCCCAGAGGUUCACUAGCCCUUCAAGCAUCAUGGAGUCAACCCGCCAUCACCUGUGGAACCGUUGUGACAAAACACUUCUGCAAGAUCUGCAGGGGCGAUGAUCUCGCAGCCACUGGAGGCUGCAAGGAUGUGCGUCCUUCCAGCGCCCGGCCCCCUGCCCCCCCUUCUUCCUCUGUUCCCCAUCACACGUGCUGCCUGCCUGUUGCCCAGUCCAUGCUCAGUGCUGACUCAUGGGCAUGCUUCAUUGAGGCCCAGAGACAGGCCCUGUUAUGGGGCUGAGCCAGCCCCAAGCCACUCGGGGCCCACAAGAGUUGGCACAACUUGGGCUGGGCAGGAUGCUCCGGGCAGUGGAUAGCACUGCACAGCUGGCCUCUCUGCCUGUGCUGGACAGGCUGCCAGAGCAGCAUCCCAGGGCCCCCUGCGGAGCCUGCGAAGGACUGCUCUGGAGGAGUCCGCUCCAGCCUCUGCCCCUCUCCGUGCUCUGUUGCCUCUACCCCCACCAGGCCCUGGCUCUGCAGCCGUCUUCCACCAGACGCUUCCUGAAGCACCUGCUCUGCGAGGGCAUUGCAGGCCCGCGAGCUAAGGGACAGGCACGCUCGGCGUGUUCAGAAAAAUACGAAAGAAGAGUAUGUGUCUGAGCUGGGCCUUGGAGUCAGACCCUCCAGAAGCGGGGACCCCCUGGGCCAGUGAUCACCAUGGUGGCCAGGAUGUGGGCUCAGAACUGUCUGCAUGUGGCUCCUCUACUUGGCAGAAUGAUCUUGGGGAAAAUGACUUUGCUCACCUAAACUUCAGAUUCCUCGCAUGUGAAAGGACAAGGUCGUGCGAGAGUCUGCCCAGAAGCCCCUGGCACGUGCAUCGCGGGCUCUCUCAGCUACGUCACCACAGAGCAUUGUUCUAUUCACAGCACCGCCUGCUUCUGCCUGGCAACUGUGUCUCCCUGUUCUAUAUUUAAUUCCUCCAGCAAAGCUCGCCCUGAAGGAGAUCUCCUUGCCUGACCCCUGGGCUGCAGGCAGAGGGCUAUGUGCCCACCUCCGUUGCGUAGGCCUGGCGGCUUUGGCAACAUCCUGUGAGCCAGGUGGGGCAGGGCCAGGGCCCACACCAGGUGCUAUUCCAGGCUCCUGGGGCUGAUGCUAACUCCCCUCCUCACCUCCCAACGACGUGCCCCCCACCCCCACCUGACACACUGCAGCCCUCUGCUGACAACUAGGUCCUCCGAAUCCAGACCUAGUUCCUGGGUGCCAGCUCCUGGGUGGGGGUGGGCCAGGGUGUGUGGGCUUCCCAGGUGGAACUAAUGUCUGUCAUCGUCCCUCCUGACAGCUCUCAGAGGGGAGAGGAGGGCAGGAGCUGGGGGGAGGGGGGGGGGGUUUCCACCCACUGUCUUUGGGGCCUUCCUGGUCAGGAGCAUCUCACUAGUACAAAAAUCAUCUAGUAGCAUUUAAUGUUGUUGAGGUUUAUAGGAGAAUGUCCUUAUUCUUUACGAGACAGAUGGUGAAUUAUGUAGGCAAAUGAUGUCAAGAAAUAUGUAAAUUUCAAACGGGUUUCUCCAAAAUACACCCAACAAAUGAGACAAAAAUAUCCCUUGUUGAAUCUUCAGUGGCUGGUAUGUCAGUGAACAGUGUACUUGUUCUUUCAACUCUUCUGUAUGUUUGGAAUUUUUCCUAAUAAAAAAAAAACUAUGGGGAAAUAGC